GGUGCUGAUGACAGCGCUAGGAGCAGCAACUAGGACAUCAAGGGACAGCAUUGAUGACACCUGUCCUGAGGCUCAGGAAGGGAGCAGCAGGUCCAACACUGCCAAGGGUGGAGGGGAUGGACUCAAGCUCCGGGUUUCACCCUCCCUCAGGUCUAGCCUGGGUAUGAAGAAGUUCUUCGCCGUGGCCAUCCUUGCCGGCAGUGUUCUGUCCACAGCCCACGGCAGCCUGCUCAACCUGAAGGCCAUGGUGGAAGCCGUCACGGGGAGGAGUGCCAUCCUGUCCUUCGUGGGCUACGGUUGCUACUGUGGGCUGGGGGGCCGUGGCCAGCCCAAGGAUGAGGUGGACUGGUGCUGCCACGCCCACGACUGCUGCUACCAGGAACUCUUUGAUCAAGGCUGUCACCCCUAUGUGGACCACUAUGAUCACACCAUCGAGAACAACACUGAGAUAGUCUGCAGUGACCUCAACAAGACAGAGUGUGACAAGCAGACAUGCAUGUGUGACAAGAACGUGGUUCUGUGCCUCAUGAACCACACGUACCGAGAGGAGUACCGUGGCUUCCUCAAUGUCUACUGCCACGGCCCCACGCCCAACUGCAGCAUCUAUGAACCGCCCCCUGAGGAGGUCACCCGCAGUCACCAAUCCCUGGCGCCCCCCACCCCUCCCUAG